AUUCAUCCCAUGGCCGUCAUACUGUGACGUCUUUUAGAGAGCUUUGUGAUUGCUCAGCCCUAAGUACAAGCCCUAUAAAAUGAUGGGCUUUGAAAUGCUGGUCAGUUUAGAGUGAAGAGCAGUAGCCAGCAACAAGAGCCAACCUUAAGCCAGUCCCAAGGGCAGAGCAUUGUCAGAGCCUUCUUCUUACACCUAGGACUUCAGCACCUAGGACAGCUCCAACACUCUCCGGGACACAAAGCUCCCAAGGAACACUACUCAGCAAGAAGCACAGAAAUGCAGACCAGAAGUAAGCCCCAGCUGCUCGUGCUGCUGACGCUUUUCAGUGUGCUCUUCUCACAAACGUUGGCCUGGCCUCUUUUCGGGGCACCUUCUGCUCUGAGGUUGGGUGACAGAAUACCAUAUGAAGGAGCAAAUGAACCUGAUCAAGUUUCAUUAAAAGCAGACACUGACAUCUUGCAAAAUGCAUUAGCUGAAAAUGACACACCCUAUUAUGAUGUAUCCAGAAAUGCCAGACAUGCUGAUGGAGUUUUCACCAGUGACUUUAGCAGACUCUUGGGUCAACUUUCUGCCAAAAAAUACCUUGAGUCCCUCAUCGGAAAACGAGUUAGCAGUAACAUCUCAGAAGACCCUGCACCAAUCAAACGUCACUCAGAUGCAGUCUUCACUGACAACUAUACUCGCCUUAGAAAACAAAUGGCUGUAAAGAAAUACUUGAACUCAAUUCUGAAUGGAAAGAGGAGCAGUGAGGGUGAAUCUCCUGACUUCCCUGAAGAGUUAGAAAAAUGAUCAAAAGCUCUUUUCAGCAAAGCUGAUGACAAUGUCCCAUGAAUUCUUGAAGGAAAAUGACAACAUAAUUAAAUUUUGAAUUCUACAUAAGUAAUUCAAGAAAACAACUUCAAUAUCAAAACCAAAUAAAAUAUAUUGUGUUGUGAAUAUUGUGAUUUAUUUUAUGUAAUGUAAUGACUGUGAUGUUUACAUUGUAAAUAUUAUUUGAGAGUUCUAAAUUUUGUCUUUAACUCAUAAAAAGCCUGUAAUUUCAUAUGCUGUAUAUCCUUUCUAAAAGACUAUAUUUAAUGAUAAGUGAAUACUAGUUUAAUUCCAAUUAUAUGAGACGUUUUGGAAGAGUAGUAAUAGAACAAAAUUGAUGUGUGUAUUUAUAGAGUGUAUUUAACUAUUCAGAAGAGUAGAGCAGAUAAUUAGUGCAUCUAAGUUUGAAUGUUAAGCAGAUAGAAUGCUGUGUCAAAUAAACCUCAGAAUGUCUAAGAGGAUAACAACAGUGAAGAUCAAAAGACAUUCUUCCAAAAAUAUUUUCAGAAAAUCUUAUGUUUCCACAUUUACAGGCAAUCUUUAUUUUUAAGGGAGAUUUAAAACCCUCAGAUUUGGAUUGCUAAUCACCAAAGCCUUUCCUCUGAUCUAGUGUUUCAGUUAAGAAAAAUGAUCCCUGCUUCUGACAUCAGACCUUCCCUUUAUGCUUGUGUUAAGUAUGUGUAAAUGUAAAUGGAAUGGACACUUGUUUUUCAGUAAUAGAUGUUUUUUCCAUAAUCACUUAGAAUAAUGCUUUGGUCAUAUCAGCUUCCUUCAGUGAAAGUACAUUUGGAGACACAACUAUUUUUCCAAAAUGAUUGUAAGAAAUGAAAUAUAGAAAAUAAAGACUUUAUCAUUGCAAAU